AUGGAUGGCUUUCUCCCUUUCAGUGCAAUCUACAUUGAGCUUUACUACAUCUUUGCCAGUGUGUGGGGCCACAAAAUUUACACCAUUUACAACAUCUUAUUUAUUGUUUUCAUCAUUCUCUUGAUUAUCACUGCCUUCAUCACCGUUGCUUUGACUUACUUCCAACUUGCUGCUGAGGAUCAUGAAUGGUGGUGGAGGUUCUUCCUAUCAUGAUUGAUGUUGGAACCAACAAUGACACCAUCAUCUAAA